UGUUGACAUCUCGCUUUCUUUCUCUUCCUCGGAGAGUCGGAGGCCAUCGAGGAGGAGCGAAGUCGCUCGGCGGACGCAGAUCUUUACGAUUGUGCAAAUAUUUUGAAGACAUGAACCCAAUGUCCACACAAGCAUUCAUGGGAACUCAAGCAGUUCCUUCCGUGCUUCAUCCUGAUAAUUUGCAGCAGCAGGAGCAAUUGCUUUUGAGUUUGCUGACUCACAUAAAAGACCAGUAUUCCACUCUUAUAACAACUGAACAAACGAAACAGAUCGAUGCUAUAGUUGACUCAUUUGUUUCUGAGGGUCAUAAAACAGAGAAAGAGCAGUAUGGUGGCACCCGCAAUCAUAUCCUUACAAACUUGACCCAAGAGCCCGCCAUUUCUCCUGGCGGUAUGGUUUCUUUGGAGCAACCAUAUUUCGCUUCGGAAGCAGUUGAUUUGCCCGAGUUGGGAUUACUCACACCUUCUAGACAAACAGUGAAGUGUAAUCCAUUGCUGAAUCUUUGUGCGGAUUACAAUGAAGGCAGUCAUUCUGCAUCCACACAAGAGAUUGUAUCUGUGGGAGGAACCACAAACAGUAGGAAACGCAAAAGAGUUGAGGAGUAUGUACCUUUGGACCAUACCACAAAAAAACUAACUGGAUCAGAAUUGUCACUGAACAACUCUCCAUUCAAAUCCAAUGAAACUGGGAAAACUCCACAAUCAGCUUCCAUGGUGAGGCCUGGCAGUCAGUCGCUUUGUGACAGAUUUAUUUACUUCUUUUUCUUUUCUUAUUUGUUCCUCCCGGAAGCCAUUUGUAAGGAAACUCUGAAUGGCCAUGUCAAUGUUCUGACUCGAAACCAUUGCAGUUACUUGCUGCAAUCUGAAUGGCCAUGUCAAUGUUCUGACUGUAAUAUCGUUUAUUGCUCACCAGACUCUGCAUCUACUUGCUGCAAUCUGAAUGGCCAUGUCAAUGUUUAUUUAUUGCUCACGAGACUCGAAAUCUUUACAUUUACCUGCUGCAAUCUGAAUGCCCAUUUCAAUGUUCUGAUUGUAAUAUUGUUUAUUGCUCACAAAACUUGA